AUGUCGGGACGCAGCGCAUAUGUACGCAAAAAGAUUACAGAACCGAAAGUCAAGGCCCAACAUGGACCGGACGCGAAUCUUGACGAACUGCCCACGGUAGCCCUGGGUCCAUCCAGGCAGGAUUCGGCCAGAUUAGGAGCUGCCAAUGGGCGCGCCCCUCGUCCCCCAGAUCUAGCAGUGGACGGCGAUGUACUGUCGAUAGAGGGCAGUCAAAGCAGCGGCAGCAUCGAUGGCCGGAGACUCGAUGCGUCACAGCAGAAGCAUCCUCUGGACGACUUUGCCUAUGCUCGAGCCAGGAAGCCCACCAUCAAGGCGGAAGAUAUCUCAGGUGUGGGCAUAUCGAAGUCUGGAAUGAGGAGUGUGAUGGACCAGAACAGUGAGAAGGUGCGCAAAGGAAUUGCAAAGGCCUUCACUUUUGGCGGCAAGAAGACCAGACGCGAGGACAUGGGAAGGCCACUGGAAGCCAGACCCGAAUCCUCGGCCACAGUGCGGCCUGGCCAGCUACCCCGUCCAGGCGAGUCCGAUUUGUCACCACUUGAGGAUCGAGAGCAGCCGCAAUACCCCCAUGCGAAUUACGCCUACGACCCGCAAUGGGACGCAUCUCUUGGACCGGCCUCGCCGCCUCCAGUGGCCAAAUUGCCCGCACUGCCGCCCCCAGUGGCGACACCUCAGAUAAAGCGUUGGAUUGGGACGGGGAAGCCAGUGCAGCGGUGGAACAAGCUGCGGAAAGACCCAGAACUCUGGGAUCCGAAUGGCGAUGUUCUUAUUUACCUAAGCCACAAGGGGCAGAACCCUCGACCGAAUCCAUCCUUCAGACUCUCCUCUCAUGUAAUAGAAGCGACGGAGUCUCGGCCUCUCAUCACCCUGCUUCGUGAAGGGUCUACUGAGGACGAAAUGACACUCUCGCCAUCGCCAAGGGGCGCACCGCCGAUGCUACUGCCUCGACAAAGCAGCUUGUCAGCAGCUGCUCGGGACCAAAUGGGCGGCCACAGACCCCAGCCAGGCAAUCGCAGCGGCGGCCAACCUACGCCUCCGCUCUCCGACGAAACCAUCAUCACCAGCACGGAUGGCCAGAUUAGCUACGAGAUAUUUUUCUCUCCUCCCUCCAACGCCAGCAAGACCGAACAAGUCCGGUAUAGCGUUUCCGUUCGCAAUGUGUUCGCCUUACUUUAUCACGCUUCUCUCGUCGGGCUCUCUCUGUGUCAGGCUCUCUCAGAUCUUCAUUCGCGCAUGGAGCAGUUUAUGCCUCAGGCGGAAACCGACAAUCUGAGCACUAUCAUUGCCUACCUCAGUGCGCGGGGCAUCGACGAUGUUCGCAAUGACGCGGAGACAGCCAUCGGCCUACUGGCAUGGUGCGAAGAUCCCAAGGUUCGGUGGGAAGAGGGCUGGCGUGAGAGCUUCUUACACGUUGCCGGCAUGUACGGCAGCCUGAGAGAGCGGACGCUGAUGGAGUCCUCAUCGGACUUCAAGAGGAUCAGUCCGAUCACCAGGGCGCUGCUCGAACGGGCAAGCCUUGAGAUGCAUCUCCGAGUGCAAGCAGCCGAGGAGCCACUGGCGGCCUUUUCUUUCGAGGACAUGUGGCCGCCGUCACUCUCGUCCAUAUCGCCAACCUCCGGGCCAGUCGUGGCGAGCCCAGCAAAGGCGAGUGCUGAUCGAUUGCAGCGGUUCUUCUUAUCGUACUACCGUAGUACGUGGGGACGUUGGCCACCUCCACCACCUCCUGAUGCGGUUACCUCUGACGAGAGUGACGAGCCGUUGUGGCUCACGAGGACGGUGGUUCAGGUUCUGCAGAAAGACUUUGGUACAUUGUACGAUUACCUUGUCAAUCGCGACAUCGUGUGGGAUGGGUCCGAGACACGUUCCUCGAGGAAGUGGCUCAUGGUGUCGGAGAGUGGGAAUAAGGCGUUUGAGGCGGAUACUGAUGAGCUGCCAAUGACUGACGUCCUCAUCGAAUAUGAUAACAAACAGCGGUAUCCUCACAUUCCCCACCCGUAUCCGCUCGUCCCCGAGUCGAUCCCGCCGGCGGCCAACAUGGCAGCUUUGGGCGCCAACAACAAAGGCAGAAAACGAAGCAAGACCGGGACCGAGACCGUGCCAGCUAGUGGCAGCGGCCCUCAGCGCCCAGGAGCUGUGGAGCGGCGCAUACAGCUGGCUUACACCGAGGCCACCAACGUCUACAUCCUCGGCAGCGACUUCGCCCAGACCGAUCUGAUCGAUGCCUUUGUCAAGUUCGAGAAGACGGAUCGGAUCGGCGAGAUCGACCCGAGCCUCGCCAGGAGAGGCCGAUGGAUCCUGAUCUACGGCAUACUGCAGACUCUGGCAAGCGUGUCGGCCGAUGCACCGAUAGUCCGAUACUCAGACGGGGUGGGCUACCACCUGGGGCCCCGGCUCAAGGGCGCGAGGCUACCACCCUGGGCGAAGAAGGGCAAGCAAGCCCCCAGCAUCCAGCCGCAGGAAGCGUCCCAUGAGCUCUCGUACUGCUGGCUCGCGCCACGGACGUGGAACAACAGCAACACGUCGGCAAGCGAGGAGGGCGGCAUGGACGACAGCCAGGCUUCCGACGACAACUCGCCCAUAGAGAGGAAGCACGGCUACGCCUUCCCACAUCCGCCGCACCGCGCGCCGUCGAGCGCGGGCGGCCGCGGCGGGGUAACAUCACCCCAGUCCAGCCGCGCUCCGAGCGCCAGCGGGCAGAACCGCGGAUACUACCCCAACGCCAGCUACGCCGGGAGCGUGACAUCGUACGACGCGCUGAGCGACGCGGGAACCACGACGUCGUCGUGGCUGCACAUGGGGUCGACCACGUCGUCCGUCACCACGGCGCCACUUCACGGGGGCCGGACGAGCAAGGCGUCCUCGAGGACGGGCCUGCGGGGCGUGGCGCGCAGCACGGAGACGCUCGGGAGCCGGCGGGGCGGCGGGCCCCUGGCCAGCCACGGCUCGUCGACGCGGCUCGACGAGAUGGAGGAGGCGUCGGGCGACGGCGGCGAGAGGCCCAUGGGGGCGGGGCGCGACCGGGGCAAGCUUCGCAUAUCGACGGCGGUGGACCCCUCGGGGAGGACGCGGCGGCGGGACGGGUCGAGCUCGCGCAAGGAGAGCUUCGGGGCCGUCAGGGAGAUCGGGGAGGACAGUGACGACCAGGGCUGGGUGAGGCGGAGGCACAGCCGGCCGCUUCUCAGCCCGAGCGAGACCAGCAGUGUCGCGCAGGCUAUUAAAGACUUUGACGAGCUGGAUGUGGAUGAUAUUAUCCCUCGUUAG